CCCCCUGGCCGAGGUCACGUGCCCAGGGACAGGAUCAACAUGGCCUCCUCGCCGCGGACGGUGCUGAUCUCGGGCUGCUCCUCCGGCCUCGGCCUGGAGCUCGCCGUACAGCUGGCUCGGGACCCCAGGCAGCGCUACCAGGUGGUGGCCACUAUAAGAGACCUGCGCAAAAAGGAGCCCCUGGAGGCAGCUGCAGGGGAGACCCUGGGGAGGACCCUCACGGUGGCCCAGCUGGAUGUGUGCGACGAGGCGUCUGUGGCCCAGUGUCUGAGCCACAUCAAGGGCGGGGAUGUGGAUGUGCUGGUGAAUAACGCCGGUGUGGGCCUGGUGGGGCCUCUGGAAGGACUCAGCAUUGCCACCAUGCAGAGCGUCUUUGACACCAACUUCUUCGGGGCUGUGCGUCUUGUCAAGGCCGUGCUUCCAGGAAUGAAGAGAAGGAGACAGGGCCACAUCGUGGUGGUCAGCAGUGUCAUGGGGCUGCAGGGUGUCAUGUUCAACGACGUCUACGCAGCCUCCAAGUUUGCCCUGGAGGGGUUCUUCGAGAGCUUGGCCAUCCAGUUGCUUCAAUUCAACAUCUUCGUCUCCCUGGUGGAGCCAGGCCCGAUAGCCACUGACUUUGAGGGGAAGCUCCUGGCUCAGGCAUCCACGGCUGAGUUCCCGGGCACCGACCCUGACACCCUGCGCUACUUCCGCGACCUCUACCUCCCCGCCUCCUCCCAGCUCUUCCGCUCCGUGGGGCAGAGCCCACGGGACGUGGCCCAGGCCAUUGUCAAGAUCAUCGGCGCUACCCGGCCACCCCUGCGCAGGCAGACCAACGCGCGCUACGUCCCGCUGACGGCACUCAAAGCCCUGGACCCCUCCGGCCGCCUGUACGCGCGAAUCACCCACCGCCUGCUCUUCCGCUGGCCGCGUCUCCUGCACUUCGGCCUUCGCUGCCUGGCCUGUGGCUGCCUCCCAACCCGCGUGCGGCCACGAUGAUCCGAGCCUCCCUGGAUCCUCCCCAGCCCUGAACAACACUGCGAUGGAACCUGGGCCUUCACACGGAGCCACAUCCCCAGCUCUUUUUGUAUUUUUUAUUUUGAGACAACGUCUCGCUAAAUCACUACGCGUUGCCCAUGCUGGGCUGAAACUUGAGAUCCUCCUGCCUCAGCCUCCCAGAGUACUGGAAUGACAGGCACGGGCUGCGGCACUGGGCUGGCAGGUGCUCUUUGGUACACACUCAACUCAAUGAGCCACAGGGACUCUCGCUCCUUCAUUCAUAAAGUCAGUCAGCAGCUCAUCCAUUCAUAAAGUCACUCAGCUGACUCUGCUCGCCUGUUCUGUACCAGGCAUUGCUGAAAUCUCAGCCCCUGUGGUCAGGGCUGCAGCAGACAGGGGCCCUGAGCAGGAAGCCAGAGCAGGCAGACUUCCUGGAGAAAGGGGCAUUGUUGCGAAUCUCAAAGGACAAGAUAGAUUUUACUUCAUCCAGCUGCAGGAUCCCAGGACCUGGAAUGGGAAUACAGGUAUGAUCAGCCCAUGUCACCCCAGAGCUGAGUACACCAAGGGGUCCAGGGUUUCCUGGUCACACACCCUGUGGCAAGAUGUGCUACGCACACACCAGCAACGCAUAGCUCUUUUCCCAGGGAAGUAGUUACAAUAAAU